AUGUUCUUUUGCUUCACUUUCGGUUUUGAACAAUUCAAGCGCAAGUCAAGGAAUCAAGUCUAUACUUGUCCUCAUUGCUCUGCACAGGAUGUCUACUUGGUCAAGGCCAACGAUUGCUUUACAUUCUGCUUUAUUCCUCUAAUUCCCUGCAGUGGAACAAAACAGCUCUAUGAAUGCUACACAUGCGGCUGGGUCAAUGUCAACCAACCUCCAUUCUAA